UAUAAUAGUAAAGUAAACGUAAGCCUCAAUUGUAUUCAUCAAUCAAUCAGUGGAAACAUUGAUUGAAAAACAAACUGCAAAUCAUUGGACUAUUAAUAAACACUUUGUUUAGUAAACAAUCAGUCAAUCAAUUGUGACCGCAAUUGUCGGCAAAAGUCAUGACCUGUUUUUUCCACCAAUUGGUGGACAACUAUUGGACGCCGACUAACAUAUUUGCAUCGGUUCUCGUAUUUUCAUGGAUUGUCUUCAUAUGGGAUCUGUAUCUCUCCCGGCGUCAGUACAAAGUAUAUAAAAGUGUUGUCGAAGUGCCGACCGAACUGAUCGGUGUCUUAGACAGAGACACACUGACCAAAGCACGAGACUAUAACAUUGAUAAGAGUCGGUUCGGGUUUUAUGCGUCCAUUUGGAACCAAUGUCUUAAUACCGUUAUCCUAUGGACAGAAGCCAUUCCUUUGUUAUGGCGCUAUUCUGGUGUUGUGGUCAGUCGUGUUGGUUAUAAAGACAAUGAAAUAUUACAGACGUUGACAUUUGUUUUGAUUGGUUCAGUCAUAUCGACAAUCAUUGAUCUCCCGUGGAGUCUGUAUCACACGUUUAUUGUCGAACAGAAACACGGCUUCAAUAAACAAACGCCGGCUUUCUAUGCAAAGGACAAAUUGAAAAAAUUUGUUAUAACUCAAGCUAUAAUAUCGCCGAUACUAUCGGUGGCCAUUUGGAUUGUCAAGAUCGGCGGCGACUACUUCUUCGUCUACUUGUGGGCCUUUGUCUUUGUGGUGACAUUGUUUCUGAUGACGGUUUAUGCUGAUUAUAUUGCGCCACUGUUUGAUAAAUUCGAGCCAUUACCUGAUGGCGAACUUAAACAACAGAUUGAGAAGUUGGCCGCAAGUAUUGAUUUCCCACUGAAGAAGCUGUUUGUGGUCGAGGGUUCCAAACGGUCUUCACAUUCAAACGCUUACUUUUAUGGCUUCCAUAAAAACAAACGUAUUGUCCUUUUCGAUACACUUCUUGAAGAUUAUCACAAGAAAAAGGAAAGUGAAGAGAAAACCGAAGGUGAAAAUGAUGAGAAAUCAAGCGGUGAUUCUUCCAAAAAUGAACACAAGAAGGUUGGCUGUAAUAACGAUGAAGUGUUGGCCGUUUUGGCGCACGAGUUGGGCCACUGGAAGUUAAACCAUAUCCUCAAAAAUCUGGUGAUCGCUCAGACAAAUCUAUUUCUAUGUUUUAUGGUAUUCGCUUUGUUAUACAAAAAUCAAGUUCUUUACGAUGCGUUCGGCUUUCAUAAGACACAACCCGUUUUCAUCGGAAUAUUCAUUAUAUUUCAAUACAUAUUCUCACCCUAUAAUGAGAUUCUGUCAUUUUUGAUGACAUGUUUGGGCCGUCGAUUUGAGUUCGGAGCCGACGCUUUUGCCAAACAAAUGAAUCGUACGGCUGACCUGAGAAGCGCAUUGAUUAAGUUGAAUAAAGACAAUCUAGGAUUUCCUAUCUAUGACUGGCUCUACUCGAGUUGGUAUCACUCUCACCCACCAUUGCUCGAAAGAAUCAGAGCCCUGGGAAAGAUCGACUAAAAAAAUGAAAUUUUAUUUCAUAUAUUUUGUCAACACAUUUAAAAAAACCAAAUUUCCAUUUUAUUUAUCCGACGACUAAUUUGAGUUUAUUUUGUCUCAAGUAAUUAACAUAUUUUUUUAUGUCAAUUGCGUAUAAAGUUUUUAAUAUGUUAUUUACGGUAAUUUUAAAAUGUUUUGUUUUUUUUUGUUAUUGAAAUAUUGUUUUCAGUUUAAACAAAAUAAUAAUAUUUUUUAUCGUAAACAAUAAUACCCUAAUAAUACUGUAUUUUUACCUGUACUCUGUAUUUAUAAAAAAUUAAACACAAAAUUACGAAAUUAAAAUU